AUGUCAAAAACUGCAGACUCUUAUAAACUGGCGGCGAAGGACUCGAGACCUGCGAUAGCGAAGAGUGAGUUUGUACAUAAGGAAGAUGAAGGGGAGUCCAGCGCUGCCAGCGAGUCUGUAAAUACGAAUCAGAGCCUGUCUAAGGAGUCCGACGAUGGAAUCGCGUCGAAGUCAUGCGCGUUGUCAGAGCAGUCGUCUCUGGACAACGUUGUCUCUAUCAGUACGGACAGGAUUGUAACUAAAAGUGGCAGUUUAGACGUGGAACAGAUAUACUACGCGCCAACGGCGGAGGAUACCGACAGUGAUUCCACAACGAGCAGCGGCGCAAAGGGGCAGGGACAGCGCAACAACGAGCUAGAGAGCAACGAUGUCAAUCUCGCGUUGAGUCCCACUAAUGUGUUCCACAGAGUACCCAACGUCUCCUCCGAGAGCGACAAGAAGAGGCUGGAGAGUCUGGAGAUACUCGGCUCGCGGUCCAACACCGAUUGCACCACCAGGCUGGAGUCGGAUCUCAAUUUGCUGAGUCCCUCCGUCGUCGACAUCAAGGUGAAUUCCGAGUCGGUCGAGAUACUGCCGGACAGUCUCGUAACGUCGCCGAGCUCCGUGGAAAUCCUGGGUGACUGGAAGAGUGACAGCAGUCCGUAUCUGUCGCCGAUAGACCCGAAAAAUCUGGAAUCGUUACCUGUCCUGGGCGGGAAUGAGUGCGCCACUCUGUGCGUGGACUGCGCGCUACAACCGCCGAACGGGGAUCUACUCGCAUCGUCAUCCGACAUUUCCCCGUACGACUCUCCAAUGGAGGAGGCCAAGACAUUGAACGUCAGUCCGUACUCGUACAUUAUUGAUAACACACCGUCACCCAGCGCGUUUUCCAGCUUAGACACGAAUAAGAGCUCGUCGCACGCGGCAGACAGUUCCAAAACUUCCCCGGAGAGCGUGGAGGUGAUACCGGACAAGGUGAGCCUGGCCAAGGAUUUGUACACCUCGGCUUCUGAAGGCACGGUCAUGACGGUGCUCGAGCCGCUGCAGCAGCUGGACGCGGCUAAAAAUAAGGUGGAACUGGCUGAUAUGAACGUCAAGGUACCUAUAAAGAUGCACGAUUCGUAUCCGGAUGACAGGCAAAUAUCGGCCAAGACUUGCAUGAAGAGCAGGUUGAACUUGAGCCUUGACUCGCUCAAGGAGAAGCACAAUCUGCACCUGACGCUCGAGCCGAUUACCACGCAACCGAUUCGCAAGUCGGACCCACUGGAAGAGGUGAACGAGAAACCGGACGUUUCCACCUUUUCCCAAUUAAUGAGCACCACUAUAGAGCCACCGGACCCGAACAGUCAAGUCGAAAGCAUGGAAGAGACGAAGAUGAUCAAGAGUAGUACCGAUCAGUAUUUAAUAUCCAUCGAUUCGAGCAGGGAAGGUACCUUGUUAGAGAGCAGCUCGGAGGAUAACGCGACGUUGAUCUGUACGGACGAUUCCAAGAUUCUCGAGACGCCCUUGACCACCAGUUCUUACGUGAAGACUAUGCUGGCCGACGCUAUGGUCGAGAAAGGCGAGAUAAUCGAUAUGGAGACCCAUUGCGCGGAGGUGCCGCGAGAAAAUUCACCGAUAUCGUCAGAAAGCCGUUCCGAUCUGGUGAAAAUCGGGUCUAAUCAGGCCAGCAGACACACAAGCGGAGACGAGUUAGAGACCACAACGUCGAGCGAUAUUGAGAUAAUAUCUAGUCCUAACGGAGAUUCGAGUUCGACACAAUCGCGACAGAGUCCGGCAAAAUUACAAUUGAGCAAAGGCGGCGAUCUGCUAACGAAAACUUUAAAGACCCGGGGCCAUUCUCGAGAACUGAGCGAGAUCAGCGUAGGCUCGGACGAAGCGAAUAUGGAGAUUGAGAAGCUGCUGAAACGCGUGCAGGAGAUGACAGAGAUUUUAGAAGCGAGAGAAUCAAAGUUAAUCGACGUGAACAGGAUAAAUAUGGAGGCAGCUUGAGAAUUUUGAAAAACACGCGGAGCAAAAUAGAAAAUAGUGUGAUGAGAACGUUAAAAGAUAUAGACGGGACGUUUCAAUCUUUGUUAGAUGAUGUGUACGACGAGAUCAAUAAGAGACGCGAACAGCUGAUACUGGAGACCGAAGUUCAUAAACACGAGAGUCUAAUACCGUUGCGGGCUUGUAGAAAGGAAGUGCAGGCACAGGUACAAAAUGCACGGAAUAUCAUAUCGAUGAGCGACGAUAUUCUGCGGCAUCCGCAUCGAUACAGCGCGAACGGACUUGGAAAGAUCAUUUCCGCGAGUAACGAUAUAGGCAGAUCCCGGCGGUACCGUACUCGGAGGAGCUCCCGAAUAUAAAUUUCGACCGGCAAUUGAGCUCAUGCAAGGAGGAGAUUGUGGAACAGAUAUCGAAGCUCGGCUGCAUCUCUCGCACGGUACCCGUUCAGAUAAUAAACAUCGAGGAGAGACCGAUGGGGCUGUUCGUCAAAUGGCACGUAACCAAUCCGGAGUACUUCGAGGAACAGACGUUUGUCGUGGAGAGAGCCAACGGCGAGAUCCUCGACCCGGCGUCUAGCAAGUUCGAGACAGUGUACAGAGACUCCGAGACUUCUUGCUUCAUCAGAAAUGUACCUAUUGAUCGACCGGUUACGCUCAGAGUUCGAAUACAAGCGGAUAACGUCGCGAGGAGCGUACAUCACUUCGCGCGGACUUCUGUACCGCCGUAUAGUACGUAUAUACGGGGAGAGCGAACGAUCUCUGUAUUAAGAUUGAAGCUUUUCUAAAUCCUAACUGAUCUAAUAAUCGAAGA